AUGAUGAAAAUUUAUAAGAUGAUAAGAGAUUCAAGAGAAAAGGAGGUCCAAAUAAAACAAGAAGAGGGAACAAUCGAUUACACCAUGCAACAAACGAGCAAGAGGCUAUGUUCAUCAAUUCAAAAUCCAAGAAUUAUGAGAGUAUCUCAAGCUGAUCAUUUUGGAGGAAAAGACAGACAUAGCAAGAUCAGUACCAUGAAAGGAUUAAGAGAUAGGCGUGUAAGACUGUCAAUUCCCACAGCAAUACAAGUAUAUGAUCUGCAAGACAAGCUUGGUCUUAAUCAACCAAGUAAAGUUGUAGACUGGUUGAUCAGUGCAGCUCAAAAUGAGAUUGAUAGGCUCCCUCCACCACCACUUUCACCUCAUGGAAGCAGUUUCAUCCAAUUUCCACCACCUGCUGCGAGAACUAUGGAUGAACAGAAUAUAAACUGCAACGGUAUCAGCUCCCAAGCAUUCAGUGUUAAUAAUACUGAUCCAUUAAUGAUUAUUAGCAACAAUUAUGUUGAUGAUAUACAAUCAUUUCCAAAAUCAACAAUGAGUUCAUUCAACUCCUAUCACCAAAUGGAACCUUAUGUAUCUCAAGUUGGUAAUAAUUAUUCUCAAGUAGCAUUGCAGCAUGAUUUCCACUUAGAUACAGCUUCAUCAUCAUUGCCAUCUUCUUCAUCUUCGCCGCUCGCUCUGAUGCAAAUGGAAACGCAGCUCAUGAUGCCAUCUUUGUUCUCUUCAUACCUGACAAGCACAAAUAAUUUCCAAACACCAAGCACAUUUGCUCAACUUCUGCCAUGGAAUUCUUCGAGCAUCAACUUUAAGCAGUUUGUUCAUCAUGAUGAAGCAGCUCAGCAGCAGGAAAAUAUGAGAGGGACCAGCACUACAGUCUAUAAGGAUUCUGGAGCAGGUUAUGGAUACAGUGCUGGUGAUUUCUUCUAGGAAAGAGGGAGAAAAUUAAAAAAAUAUGUGAAAUAUCAUUUAAAUAUUUCAUGUACUGUAGAAAUAUUAUCUGCUAUUAUUUAGUUUCAGUGUGUAAUUUCGUUACUUGAUCAGGAAGUGUUCUGUAUGAGAACAUUAUAAGAAGUGUAGUAGU